UCCUUUGUGUGAGGGCCGAUCAAAUAAUUGCAUGGAAAAAAAAAAUUGCAUGGAUGCCUCCCCGGGGACCCACCUUCAGGCCGCUGAGCUCACAUCACCUCUCGCCUGCGACCCGCCCAGGGUCCUUUGAAAACCUCCGACGCCCCGUCUUUGGCGCCAUUUUUGGGCUUAGCCCAUCUGGUUAUGCAGGUCAAGGUUCAAUCACUGAGCCACGCUGCCCGGGCCCCACACCUGCUUUAGAUUUUAAAGGACGUCACCCAUUACACAGCAUGGAGUUGUUACCGGAAUCCCUGACAUUUCACGACGUGGCCGUGGACUUCACCUGGGAGGAGUGGCAGCUCCUGAGCCCCGAGCAGAAGGACCUGUACAGGGACGUGAUGUUGGAGACCUACAGCCACCUGGUGUCAGUGGCAGGGUGUCAAGCCAGCAAACCAGACCUCUCCAAGCAGCUGGAACGAGGGGAAGAACCGUGGACAGUACAGCGUGGACGCCACUGUCCAGUCUGUCCAGAACUCAGGAAGGUGGAUGAUCUUCUGCAGCAUCACGUGCAAAUCCAAAGCCUUCAGAAGAGGGUCGACCGAGGCUGUGAACAUAGUAUGUUAGCAGAUACUGUUAAUCAGAGUGAAGAUCAUUCUCUAUUCAAGCAAAAUUGUGAUAUGUUUGAGAUAAGUGAAAAACCUUUAAAGUCAAAUUUAAAUUUUGGAAACCAAAACAGAAGUUGUAACUUAAAGAAUUCUGUGGAAUUGAAGGGAGAUGGUAUAUCCAUUCUUCAUGCCAACCAUGAACAAUUUAAUUCUGAGAUCAUGUUGCCUGUCGGUACCAAAUCCAUUAGUAAUCAAUCCCAGGUCACUCAGCAACAGAAAUCUCACAAUGUAGAGAAAGCCCAUGUAUGUGUUGGAUGCGGGGAAGCCUUCAUGAAAACGUCUCAGCUCACUGAUCAUCAGAGAGUUCAUACUAGUGAGAAACCCUAUGGGUGCAGUCUGUGUGGGAAAGGCUUUAGCAGAAAAUCCAGGCUCACUAAACAUCAGAAAAUACAUACGGGACUCAAACAGAAUGAAUGCACUGAAUGCGACAAAACCUUCCUCAAGACAUCCCAGUUCAAUAAACAUCAGAAAAGUCACAUGAAAGAGAAACCUUAUAUGUGUAGUGAAUGUGGGAAAGCGUUCAUCAAAAAGUCUCUUCUCAUUUAUCAUCAACGAACUCACACUGGAGAGAAGCCUUAUACAUGCAGUGAAUGUGGAAGAGGUUUUACCAAGAAGUGUCAUCUUACUGAGCAUCACCGAACUCACACAGGAGAGAGACCUUAUACGUGCAGUGAAUGUGGGAAAGGCUUUAUCAACAAGAGUAAUCUUAUUGAGCAUCACAGAACUCAUACAGGAGAGAAACCUUAUACAUGCCGUGAAUGUGGGAAAGGAUUCUCAGUGAAGCACCGCCUCAUAGGACAUCAGCGAACUCAUACAGGAGAGAAACCCUAUGGAUGCAAACUAUGUGGCAAAACCUUCUCUAUAAAGUUUAAUCUCACUAAACAUCAGAGAACUCACACGGGAGAAAAACCUUUUUUAUGCAGUGAAUGUGGGAAACACUUCUCAAUGAAGCAGUGCCUUAUUGGACAUCAGCGAAUUCAUACUGGAGAGAAACCCUAUGUAUGUGUUGUGUGUGAAAAAGGUUUCCCCAGGAGGGGUGAUCUCACUAUACAUCAGCGAAGUCAUACUUCAGAGAAACCAUAUAUAUGCAACGACUGUGGAAAGGGCUUCACCGUGAAGAGUCGUCUGAUUAUACAUCAGCGAAUGCACACAGGAGAAAAGCCUUUUUUAUGCAGUGAAUGUGGGAAAGGCUUCUCAUUGAAGCAGGGCCUUGUUGGACAUCAGCGAACACAUACUGGAGAGAAACCCUAUGUAUGUGUGGUGUGUGAAAAAGGCUUCACCAUGAAGCGUGAUCUCACUGUACAUCAGCGAAGUCAUAAUUUAGAUAAACCAUAUACGUGCAAUGAAUGUGGGAAGGGCUUCACUGUGAAGAGUUGUCUGAUUGUACAUCAGCGAAUGCACACGGGAGAGAAACCCUAUGUAUGCAGUGAAUGUGGAAAAGGCUUCCCAGUGAAAAUGUACCUGACGGUACAUCAACGGACUCAUACAGGAGAGAAACCUUAUAUAUGUAGUGUAUGCUGGGAAGGUUUCACAGCGAAGCAAAAUCUCAUUAGACAUCUGCUGAAACAUACAGGAGAGAAGCCCUAUGUAUGUAAUUUGUGUGGAAAAGGGUUCACCAUGAAGACUGACCUCACUUUACAUCAGCAAACUCAUACUUAAGAGAAACUGUAUGUGCAGUGCAUAUGAGGAAGGCUUCAUUGUGAAGAGUAUACUAGAUAUACAUCAGCAAAACUCAUGCUGCAGAGAAGCCCUACACGCAAGAAUUGUGAUGAAGGCUUUAGGAAGAAGAUACGCUUUGUACAGCAUCAGAGAUUUCACUCAGGAAAUACUUGCUUUGCAUGUACUGAAUGUGGAAAAUUCUCAUUCAGCAAAAAUGAUCUUAUUACCCACCAGAGAAAUCACGUGGGAGAGAAACCCUAUUGAUGUAAUGAAUGUGGGAAAGCCUUCACUACAAACUCAAGACUUUUAUAUUCAUCAAAGAACACAUACAGGAGGGAGGCCCUAAGAAUGCAGCAAUCGUGGAAAAGCUUCUGACCACUUGUCAUUUUUAAACAAGAGAUUUCAUAGGUGUUUGCUUUGGGGAAAGCCUGUUUCCAACUUUAGGCUCUCAAGGUAAUAGUAUGCAAUGAAGAAUAACUGAAUGCAAAAGGAGAGAUGGGGGGGG